AUGCGUCCCUCCACCCCGCUGUCGGCGGAUCUACCGCCGCUGAUAAUGGGAACAGCAACUUUCAACUCCCAAUACAACGCCGACCCGUACGCCCUCCCUACCACAGAACUAGUUCAGCGCGCAUUGAGCAGCGGUGUCCGCGCCUUCGAUACAUCCCCAUACUACGGCCCCGCCGAAGAACUGCUUGGCCGCGCACUCGCAACCGAAACCGUCCAACUCAACUUCCCCCGCCAGGCAUACAAACUCCUCACAAAGGUCGGCCGCGUCGCAGGCGCAUCGUUCGACUAUUCCCCGCCAUGGAUCAGACACAGUGUGCGACGCAGUUUGCGCCGGCUUCACACAGACUAUCUCGAUGUUGUAUACUGCCACGAUGUGGAAUUCGUCACCCCCGCCGAAGUCCUCAUUGCGGUACAGGAGUUGCGCCGUCUCCGCGAUGAAGAGAGUGUCCUCCGCUACGUUGGCAUCUCCGGCUACCCGGUUGACACAUUGAGCGACUUGGCCGAGAUGAUUCUACGAGAGACCGGCGAGCCAUUGGACAUCGUAAUGUCGUAUGCCAAUUUCACAUUGCAGAAUACGAGAUUGCAGUCGCGCGCAUUGCCACGGCUGCUCGCUGCAGGAGUUGAUGUCGUCCCCAAUGCCUCGCCGCUGGGAAUGGGUCUUCUCCGUCGUGACGGCGUGCCUAUCGGUUCAAUGGGCGAUUUCCAUCCUGCGCCAAAUGGCCUGCGCGGUGCGAUCCGCCAUGCGGCGGAAUGCGCCUCAACCCACAACGAGAAACUGGAGGUCGUUGCUAUUCGAUUCGCGCUGGAAGCGUGGCUUCGUGUUGGUGCGCGGGCUGGCGGUCUUGGGCCUCCACUUGCGCGCGCAGCAGAUGCCGAUCCUGGAUUCUUAUCUGUGGCUAAUAUCGGUACUGGGAAGAGGCUCGGUGUCAGUGUUAUGGGCGUGAGCAAUAUUGCCGAGCUGGAUGAGACCUUGCGUGUGUGGCAUAGUAUUGUUGAUGGACUGGAGAAUUGGACGGAGGAUGAUGAUGGCUCGUAUUUCAAUGCUGAGUUGAAAUCUACUGGCCCUUCGACCCCGAAUUUGAAUGUUCCCACCGGUGCUGUUUCUACCGCUGCGAAUGCUAGCAUUCUUACUCCGCAGGAGGGUCUCAUUACUGACCGGGCUUGGUCUCAUGCGCGUGGCGCUCACAUCUUGCAACUCGCUCGGGACAUUCGGGAUGUCUUGGGUACUGAAUGGGUUGAUUAUGUCUGGGAUAGUCCGUCGCCGGACUUUGUGAACUCGGUGUCUGAGGAGCAUGUUGCCCUUGUACAGAAGAUUGUCGAGGAAGAAAGGGCAGGAAAGACGGAUAUAUCCUCUUCUGAUGGAGCUGGAAGGGAUCCUAUGCUGACCCCACCAUUGGAAGCGGACAAGCAGCUUGCAUAG